CAAGUUACGAUACUCUGCGCGCAUUCAGUUCGCGGGGAGCGCUCGUGCAGUGCGCGUUGUUGUCCCGUGUUCCUCUAGAUGGUCGAUCACGUGGGAAACAUUGCGCCGACUUUUCGCGAUUCUGUGGCGGAGAAGGGCCGAGGGAAAGGGAAUAAAUGUGUGCGAGUCCGUGAUGGACAACCCUAGCGGCGGAAGAGAUAGUCGGUACGCAAGUCUUGGGUACAGCAUGGGGAUGAUAGGCAGCGACGCUGGCUCGGAAAUGUACGGCCGACCGUCCACCUCCCAGCUUACAACUUCUCAAAUAAGCCGCGGUGGCGCCACCAUGAUGGCCGCGGCGGCUGCUGCAGGCGCACCGAACGCCGGUGUGGGACCCGUUCAGAGGGGUAUCAAGAGGACCACCUCGGACGUAUGUUACGAUGACAGCAACGCACGGCAAGCGCUUUCGCAACAGCAAGGCAUGUCGAUGUCUGCGGAGUGUGUACCCGACAAUCUCGAGGAGUCAUUCACGAGUUUGGGCCAACCGAAAAAGUCACCCCCAUCGAACGGCAAGAAAACCAAAGGACGGGUCAAGAUUAAGAUGGAGUACAUCGACAAUAAGCUCCGAAGGUAUACGACCUUCUCCAAAAGGAAAACCGGGAUCAUGAAGAAGGCGUACGAGCUGUCGACGUUGACGGGCACGCAGGUGAUGCUGCUGGUGGCCAGCGAGACGGGCCACGUGUACACGUUCGCCACGCGAAAGCUCCAGCCGAUGAUAACCAGCGAGGCGGGCAAGGCGUUGAUCCAGACGUGCCUGAACAGCCCCGAUCCGCCCACCUCGGGCUCCUCGGGGGAUCAAAGGAUGUCCGCGACCGGGUUCGAGGAGACCGAACUGACCUACAACAUAGCCGACGACGAGCAGAAAGAAGACGGUACUUCACCUAGAUCGGACGUCUGUGCCAAUGAAAGCGACGGAGACACAAGCGAUGGCGAUUCUCCCGUUUCGAAGGAUCUCCCAAAGAACCACUCGGGUAUAAUGUACCAGAUGCCGCAGACGGUGAUUUACUCGCCUAGUCCAGGAGUUCUACUCGGUAUCGGGCAAAACGGUCAACCGGUGCAAAUCUCUCAAGAAGGAGGCACGGUAGCCCCGGUAAACUCGACGCAGAGUAAUCAACCGUUCAUCACGAUACCACUGAACGUAGCGAUGAGUGCCGCGGGUUUGUCGCUUCCAGUAACCUCCAGGAUGAACGUGUCGCCGUCGCCGCGAUCGCCAACGACGACGACGACAUCGACCACAUCGACGACGUCCACCUGUGACCUGCCAUCGGACCUGAGCAAAGAUCGCGAGUGACGUCGCAGCUCCAUCGACGUCCACGACUAUAAAAACCUGGAUGACACUGUCGCUCGUUUAUCGCGACGAUGGGUAACGGGCAAUUGGACCGACUUCUACUCUACGAUGGUAAUAUCGCGUCGUCGAAGGAGCCUGUAACAGUGCCCAAACGUGCCCUUAAAGGUGUAAUAGAGCUUGUCUGAUCGGUAUCGAUAGGAUAGAUUCGGUAUCGCUCCCAUCGUCUGCAAUGAUCGCGUCGAUGCGUGGAUGUCUGUACUCGUUGUUAGAAUUCGCAUAACGUUCAACUUCCUGUAACGCGGUGUCACGAAUUUCGUUCGUCCUUCGCAGCUCGACAAUGGCGCGUCGGAGACACUUCGAGGACGUUCUUCGCCAGCAUUGGGUAAAAUACAGUCCACGAUCAUGAUCACCGAGGAUUAAUCAGCUCUGAACAAUUAUAAAUCAUUCGUUUAUGUUUACAGGUUACUAGUAAAAAGAUAUGUGUGCGUUAAACAACCGUAUAUAUGAUUUAGUUUUCUUUCGGAGUAAGAUGGACGUUCUCCCCCUCUUUUAACCGAUAUACCAAACCUUUAACGUUAUUUGACACGAACACUUCUACCUCGUGAUCCGACACGAUUACUGAUUAAUCUCCGUAUGAGCGAUUAUUACAGAAGCGAUGGUUGCCCAACUCUGGUUCUAAUCUAGCCUGACUAUCCUACCGAUAGGUUCUUCAUCUUUACCAAGUUCUAUGCGAUUGUUCCAUUUACAAUCGAUACGACGCGUUUCAGAAAUAAAAUUAACAACGCGUAUCGGUAUACGUGUUUUCGUUGAAGCUGGGUUUCGUUACCAGCGUUUAAUUGAUAUUUGUGCAAUACUAGUCGAACGUUCCGCGUAGGAAUCGUGAGAGGAAUCGAUGUUUUUAAUGAUAAAGUAAUCGCACCAGUAGUCGACGCUUCUCGAGGAAAGAAACGUCGGAAUUGUUAGCGUUAGCUAUUUCUAACGAAAUACAACCCGGAGAAAAGGUCCCACCGUCGCGUACGAUACAGAGAAAUAACAGAUUAUUUUUCCAAUGCGUGUACGCGGCUUGAUGCUCCAAAUCGAGAUGGCCAAUUACUUCUGUUAUCGUUUAAUCGCGGAAUUAAAGAGUAAGUCCCGCAAAACAUGCGGUGCUACUUUCCUAGCGCUUUCCCCGGUGUUUACCGCGUCUCCUGAAACAAAAAACCGUCAACUAAUGCAACUUUCGUUAUUUUAAUCAACGCAUUAAAUCCUCGACUUACACGGUUGAUUCAUUCCGAAGCUUUCCACGUGGACAAAGUAACGCGAACACCUGUGAAGUACCCUACAUUCUUUUAUUGAUACCGCGUUGAGACACAAUCAGCCUUAACGUAGCCAUUGAAUACCUUCCAAUGAAAUGUUAUCCCAUUCUUCUCUUGAAACGUCUUCCAAUUACUUUGAAGAUGCUAAAGGAAGGAUUCUGCAACUCGAGGACUGUGUUUUUCAUAGUCUGCGCUUUUAUGUGAUCAGAUAAAACAACGUCGUUGUCUAGUCCAGUGAUUUACUACAACAACCUUAGAGGUGUCCUACUACUGGUGCCCUUAUUUUAACAGGGUACGUUUUCAAAUUGAUUUUUCAAAUUCUUCUACGAGCCAAGCGUCUAAGUAAUUAUAAAUUCGAUUAUAAAAUUAAAUCUAGGAAGGACGAUGACUACUUAAUCGUACAGGGUGCUUUUAAAAUAAACUAUAGCUGGGGUUCCCCUUCGUUUAAAAUAUAGAGAAAAUAUUCGUUACGUUUUUAACACGAAAGCGCGAUUGGUCAUCUUCGGCUCGCUUCUAUUCGUAAAUUUUCAUUUGUCAGCUUGUCUGGUGAACUUAUACUUUUCUCGGAACAACGAUUUCAACUCGCAAGGACGCAUUUAAAAAGUACGAAUCACGCGAAAAUCCUUUCGCGAUUCGGUCCUGUGCGCAUGAUAACGGUGUUUCGAGAUCGACGAUCGGCUAAUUAAAACGUGACCGUUUAAUUGGCCAGUGAUAGUGUUGCCAAUAUUUCGAUCGAUCGUUUAAAUGGAUAAUGUUAAUCGUUAACCGUAAUUAGUGAUAAGCACGCAUUACUGUCAGCCACGUUGAUUUAACAGUAUUUUUCAACUACACAAUCUCUAUUUUACACGAUAUGGAAAUAAAUUAUCAGCUUGUGAUAGAUAACACCGCGAGGAACUUGUAUUUUUUUACAAUAUACCUGCGAAUACUAAUUUCAGACACGGAUAGUGCUAUCUGUAUACGUAGAAACGAACCGUCAGCGUCGCGACGACCGAACUUGCCAGAGUGGUUGCUCGUAAAACAUGUCAGGCGUUUGCAAGGGUACUCUGACGAUUUGAGAACUACUUCCCCUCUCGUCUGGUCCUUGACUUUGGUCUUCGAGCUCGGGAGUAAACAUCGACGUCACUACAAACUGAUAAAAAAAAAAUGUAUACAUGUCGAAUAGAGUAACCUCCUUUUCGAAGUCGGUUAAAAACAAAUAAUUACUUCUCGAAUCGUAAAAGUAUUCUUGCGCGAUACGUUCCAAAAGGUCUGUUCCGAAAGGUUCCAAAGCCCCGUCUGACGAACCCGAAUCUGUAUUUACGUAAAAGAAUACCGAGGCAACCAGUAUAAUCUUUUCGAGCGAUCAACUUUUCUUACCCCGUUUGUGUGUUAUCGAUUGUUUAACAGUGCCUUCGUAAAGGAUUAAGAGAACGCGCGCGCGCGAGAGAAAGAUUCGAAAAUGGGACCGUGAUAUUCGUAAGCAUAAGUAUCAUUCUUUUAUAUUAUGUAUUAGCUGAUGUGUAAUGAAUUGCUUUUUAAACCAUAAGAAUUACGACAAACUUGUGUAACUUACUCUACCAGGUAGUGCUAGUCACGAGAUCGCAUCUAGUCAUUGAAACGUGCAAUGGAACAUAAACAGCCAUUUACUUGUUCCACCUACACCAGAGAUGGGCAAAAUUUCCUUUUAACGUUAAAUGCGCGACAGAACCUUAAUAAUUGCAUCGAGUCCUCGUCCGUUGCAUGUGCAACUAGUAACGAUUAGUACUUGACAUAAGCUAAGCAAAUAGGAUUUACAUAUUAUUGAAUUGGUUACCUCGAUCAUUGCAUGGACCUCGAUACUUGCGAUAACUUUCAGCCUCUCCUUCUUGCAACAAUUAAAGUAUUAAUCAUAGCUACUGAGAAUAGACUGUAAGUGGGGUUCAUUGGAUUAGUUACUUCGAUCAUUGCACGAACCUUGAUAUUUGCAUCAAUUUAUCGCAUUUUGUCGCUAACGAUGUUAUAUCGAGGGAAUGCACGUCCAUCAAGAGCCAACUAAAAAAUAAAAAAAUAUUCUUGAAUUUAGACAGAAUGUUUCGUACAGGAAAUCGAAAAGUUUAUUAUUUUUCAGCACAAAUGUAUACAGGGUGUCCCAAAAAUGUUGUAACACCUUGAAAGGAGUGGUUCGGAGGGUGAUUUGAAACAACUUUUUCCUUAGCGAAAAUGUUGUCCGAGGCUUCGUUGAGGAGAUAUUAACGGAAAACACUGACCAAUCAGAGCGCGCGGAUACCGUUGAAGCGGCCGCGGUAGCGAAGGCUAUGUGCUAAGCGGCCGCGUUCAUAGGCUACCGCGAGCGCUCCAUCGACAUAUUCGCGCUCCGAUUGGUCAGUGUUUUCCGUUAAUAUCUCCUCAACGAAGCCUCGGACAACAUUUUCGCUAAGGAAAAAGUUGUUUCAAAUCACCUCCCGAACCACCUCUUUCAAGGUGUAACAACAUUUUUGGAACAUCCUGUAUAGAAGUGUUUGCGAUACGUUAUAAUAACGUUUCAACUGCUGACAGAUUAAGUAUUAAAUAUGGUAUUCUAGUUCCAUAAGAAACCGUCAACGAACCUCCUAUAGACACGAUAGAAUAGUACCUACAGACAAAAUCAAAUUUUCACGUCACAUUUUAAUUAUCAAAAUGUUCGUUAUCGUACGUAGGUAACUAAAGUAUCAUGGCUACGUCAACGGAAGUUAGGUGGAAUAAAUUUGAAAAUGAUAAACAAAAGCGACUCGCCUGGGAAGUAUUUCUGUUUCUAUAUAAUAAGUACUUCGUUUUCUACUUUCUUGUUGUAAAAGUCUGACGAGUGCUUCUUGGGUUUGUACAGAAUAGCACAAUUACGAAACUGUAUAGCACGAGAUUAGCUGACGUUAACGACGUUAUUAGCGAGCGCGAAGGCGAGCGAUGAGUCUGUCAAAAAAGGUGAAUAACGAAGGGCGUACAAUACGAACCAUAGAAAAUGCGAUAUCUCGACGACUUCGACAUCACGGAAGUUACACGAGAAACUCGAGCUUGAAGUUUGUACUUACGUGUAGUUAAUUGAAAUUCUCGAUCACCUACGACAACUGGCAGGGUUAAAUGCGUACUAUUUUAUAUACAAUAUACAUAUGCAUAUAUCAUUGUAUAAUAUAUGCUGCGAGGGUUGUUUGAAUUUCUCUUGGAUUUUAUAAUUUUAAUAUAAAUAAAAGUACUUGGAAAAA